AUCAGACAAAGACACUUCCUCCAUACAUACAGGUAUACAUUCUGUUCUGGCAUCACUGGCAGUUGCACCAUUGCACCCGUGUCGAAUUGACAGAUGCAACAAAUUUGUUGUCAUGCUGACAGACGACGAAGUGCAUCACGAAUGUAGUGCGAGGGAACUGUCAGACAACAUAAGUAAACAAACAACAUAAGAAGGAAAGUAGGAUAGAAAAACACCAUUUUGAAAGUGAUAGUAGUAGAAUAGUAAAAUACGUUGGAAUAAGAAAUUAGAAGUUGUGAGCAAGGAAAUUAUUCGGAUAGUGGAUAGAUUAAAGAUUAAGCUGUACUAAGAUCCAGAAUACAUACGCGGAGGCAAACACUGGACAAAUACGAACGGUACAGUUGAGAUUAUCAAUUCCGAGAUAAAACGAAAUAAAUUGCGAUAGACAGCGAUAGAGGAAGGAAAAGAGGAAGCUGUAAAGUAAGGAGAACAAACAAUUGUGAGUAAGACAAAUAAUCGAUUAUUUACGGUAAAUUAAAAUAAAGUUAUUUAGUUUGAUCUGCACAGUAAAAAAAAAGGCGGAUUUUCAAAAAUCUUGUUUUCGCCUGCCGUCCGAACAAAAUCAAAAAUUGUUUCUCGGAUAGUGUGCAGGAUGGCUUCUUCUCCUUCGAAGCAAGAAAAGUGUCUGUACUGCAAACUAGCGGAAUCCGAUGACAUCGAUUGGGUUCAAUGCGAAGAAUGUCAGUAUUGGGCUCAUUUCUCGUGCGCAGGUGUUAACCAAGAAGUGGCGAACGUUAGUUGGCGUUGUCCGCGAUGCUCUCCGCAAAGCGCCCGGCGUCUUAAAGUUCCAGAGACUACGGCUAAGAAUCGCGGGAAGAAGUCCGCCCCGAAUAGCGAUGCAGGGUCCGAUCGUGGAGCUGGUUCCGUCUUAGACCUGACUGAGCAGCAGUUGGAAGAGGAACAGCUAGCAAUGGAGAUGGCCUUUGCAAAGCAGAUCGAGUUGCGGAAACAGCGUCUUGCUAAGCAGCAGGCUUGGAACGAGAGGCGGAUAAAGCUAGAGUGGGAGAUGCGCGAGCAGGAGCUACGAGCACAGCGUGAAAUGGAGCAGCGGCAGCUAGAGCAUGAGCAGAAAAUGCUUGACUGCCAAUUGGCCGCAGAACGUGAAUUCUCGAAGAAGCGGGAUGCUAUUCGGAAACAGUUCGACGACAGCAUUAAUAAGGUCAACGCAUUGAAGGGCCAAUAUGGAGCUGUCAGCGGUGCUUCUGCCUCCAAACCGGAACAGAAGGUGGAUGACUGGAUGCUGGAUUAUCGCGGAGCAUAUCCAAAGCCAGGAUAUCUGCAGACGGAAGAUAAACUCGCGUGUCCGAAGAAGGUGCCGUUAGAUAAGUCGUUCACCAUCGAAGCCGGCCAAUUCGAGCGAAGUAACGAAGAUGUGAGUGACGGUGAAGUUUCGGAGGUCCCGCCGAGUAGAUGCAGUCGAAGCAGCUUUCAAAGGUGCGGAGAUGGAAACGGGUCGGGGUGUAUCGUGAGUCGUAUUACAAGAGAUCAGCUAGCUGCUCGCAAAGCGGUCUCUCAGAACCUUCCCAAAUUUAAAGGGGAAGCAGAAGUUUGGCCGUUGUUUAUCAGCAGUUUCGAGUACACGACUGCAGCUUGCGGAUUCUCAAACCUCGAGAAUUUGAAGCGUUUGCAGGACUGUCAACAGGGUGACGCACUUGAGGCGGUCAGGAGUCGGUUAGUGCUACCGGACUCUGUUCCGGAUGUGAUCAGGGAUCUUCGAAAUCUGUUCGGAAAACCGGAGAAGCUGCUCAGAACGUUGCUGUCGAAGGUGAGGAACGCGCCGUCACCGAGAGCUGAUCGAUUGGAGACGUUCAUCAGCUUCGGGAUAACGGUGAAGCAGUUAUGCGACCACCUUGAAGCGUCAGGACUUUGCGACCACCUAAACAAUCCGAUGCUGGUGCAGGAGUUAGUUGACAAGUUGCCACCGAGCUACAAACUGGAUUGGGUCCGGUAUAAGCGAGGGAAGGUGGACAGUCCGUUGCGAAUGUUCACGAACUUCACAAAUGACAUCGUUUCGGAUGUGUCGGAGGUGACGGAGUUCUCGACAUUGUCGCUAAGCGAGCGCGAGCCUUCGCGAAUGGGGAAAGGAAAUUCCCGAAAGAAGGAGUUUGUACAUCUCCAUGACGCGGACCAGGUUUCUGAUGAAAUUCAAAGAGAGACAGUAACUAAGCCGUGCUGGGUCUGUAAACGAACGGAUCAUCUCAUCAGGUGCUGUGAGGAGUUUAAGCGGAUGAACAUUGCCGCCAGGUUGAGAGAGGUUGAGCGACAAAACCUGUGUGGUCUUUGUUUGAACAAGCACGGAAACAGCAGAUGCACCUCGAAGAUUCGAUGCUUCAUGCAAAAUUGUCGUGGAGGCCAUCAUCCACUUUUGCAUCGAGUGGAGGAAUCGGUGCGGCUGCAGAAGGUAGAAUGCAAUGCUACCGAAAAGGCAGAUAGUGCGGUUAUUUUCCGUAGGGGAAUUAUGGUUAAAACCGACACCUUAAGCUUAACACUUUUUCUAAGUUGCCACAAAACCAAUAAAAUUAUAAUUUUUAUGCAGAAUUCUUCUUCAGAAAAUUCUUAACAAGACUUAAUUUUUUCAGCGCUUCAAAAAAUUAAUUUCAUUAAAAAAUAUUGGUUGUAAAACUUGGAAAACAAAGUGACUUUUUGUAAGCACUGCGGGUAAAACCGACACCCCAUAGGGGUAAGAUCGACACCCCCUUUAACUUAUUUUCUCUCCACUUUAUUAAAAUCUUUAUCUUUAUUAAAAAUGAGAUAUAUGCGUGAUUAAUAAAGUGUGAGUAUGUAUGAUGCAAAUAUGUGCUUUUUAUUGUUUCAUCAUGUAGUGAGGGGAAGAAAGUUCGAAAGCGUAGUACUAUAAAUAAGAGUAUUUUAUGCUUUAUUAUUUAUUGA